AUGAGCAGCCUCCCCGCCGACCGGGAGGGCGGCCCCGCCGACACCGGCCUGCCCGAGGAGGAGGUGAGGACACUCUUCGUCAGCGGGUUGCCUCUGGACAUCAAGCCCCGGGAACUUUACCUGCUCUUCAGGCCCUUUAAGGGGUACGAAGGGUCUCUCAUCAAACUCACCUCCAAGCAGCCCGUGGGCUUCGUCAGCUUCGACAGCCGCUCCGAGGCGGAGGCGGCGAAGAACGCGCUGAAUGGCAUCCGCUUCGACCCCGAGAUCCCCCAGACGCUGCGGCUGGAGUUCGCCAAGGCGAACACCAAGAUGGCCAAGAGCAAGCUGGUGGGCACCCCCAACCCCAGCACGCCUCUCCCCACCGCCGUACCUCAGUUCAUCGCCCGGGAGCCCUAUGAGCUCACAGUGCCUGCACUUUACCCCAGUAGCCCUGAAGUGUGGGGGCCGUACCCUCUGUACCCAGCGGAGUUAGCACCUGCUCUACCUCCUCCUGCUUUCACCUAUCCCGCUUCGCUGCACGCCCAGAUGCGCUGGCUCCCUCCCUCCGAGGCUGGUUCUCAGGGCUGGAAGUCCCGUCAGUUCUGCUGAAUGCCGGGUCUCAGGUGUGUGAUGGUGGCCUACAGUCAGUCUUGUGGGUAUUAAUGGAGUCUUCCAAGG